ACCCUUUUGCAUUUUACAUGUCAUCAAUUAUUGGUUACUAGAGUAUAUAAAAAUAACACCUUAUAUAUAAGAUCCAUUUUGGUUAUUUGAAUAUUGUCCUUUUGUCCUAGAUUCUGUUUUGUUCUGGAGAAUCUGGUAUAGAAAGUGAUGUCAGCUUGUGCUCUUGCUGAUUCGGCUUUAAAAUCUGCUAUAGGUUUGCCAAAGGCCAAACACCGAAACCAUGAAAACCCAAGCAACAGGGUCCUGGUAUUUAGUGACGUGACUGUGACAACUUUCUUGAGCACUUGUCGACUUUUCACUGGUGAUGGUAAAUAGACGCUUGCCAUUUAGAGGAGAAAAUAUUUUCAUAGAAACUGGGAUGCUAGAGAUGCUAGAGAGGGGCAUAUUGAUGUCUCUGCAGACACUAAAUCACCCUCCAUUUCUUACUGGUGAUGCCUUUAGAAAGAGGACUCAGACUCGGUGCAGAGCGAAAUCAAAUUUAAGCACAGGUUUACAGUUAUCUUCUGAAGAGAAUGGAAAAUAUGCAGAGCCAGGUAGUUCUCUUAUGAGAUGUGAAAGCUCUGGUUCUCUGCUAAGCCAACCGAACACUGUUGGUGUUAUAGGAGGAGUGUCAGUUCUAUCAACUCUGAUUUUCUUGGAGAAGCUUGCUUGUUGGGGUUCAAGAAAUGGUAGGGAAUGCCCACCUUUCGUUGUUUCCAGUGAUUCUGUGCUAAGCAAAGUGCUUUCGUUUCGUGGUCCUCUCCCUUCUGCAAGAAGCAGAAUCGAUCGUAUCAAAUUGAAUCAGGACCUUGUGAUUGAGAAUUUGAGAUGCAAAAGGAAUUUUCUUCAGCAGUCUGGAGCUCAGGGAUUGGCCAUGCCUUGCCAUCUCUCACAUGCGUGGCACAGUGAAAUUUCUGAGGAUAGUUCCCUACCUUUUCUUCAUGUUGGUGAUUGUGUGGCCAUGGAACUCAAGAACGCCAAGUUGAAACCAAUCCAUGCUGCUUAUACUGUGAGGAUUGGACUGCUGACUACGGAUUCCGCUUUUGUAGCUAGUUAUUACCAGGACAAGCUUCAAAGUCAGGGAUUUGAAGUAGUGUUGCUAGAUAAGGAUACCGAGGAGCAUGUAUUGGUUCCUGCAAUGGAAGCAUUGUACAGAAAGGACAUCGAAGGGGCAAGGAAUUUAUUGAGAAUUGCAAUCCAUGUUCUUUUGGUUAGGGCAGUAAACCUGGUGCUUCUGGCAUCUGAUGAUUUGCUGGGGGUUCUCCCUCACAAUGAUCCUCUUCUCAGGAAAUGUAUAGACCCCAUGGAUGCUUUGGCAAGGUCAAUUAUACAUUGGGCAGAAACAACGGCAAAGGUGCACAAGAAAUUAUAGUAUCCCUUCUUCCGAAAGCUUGCCAUAGUGAUUGGCUCAUCUAUGUGAAAAGAAAAAGAAACAUGGCUUCAUGUAGAUAGAAUUUCUCCUUUGCCACUGCAUCUUUCUUUGAUAGACAGAGGAAUAAAACGAGGAACUGUCGUUAGAAUAGAAUUUGAUAACUUGAUAGUUGUAGCUCAUCUGCACUUCAUAUUGCAGAUUUUGGCGUGCCUUUGUAUGCAAUAAAAUUCUCUUGGUAUC